ACUCAGAGUUGAAUUGUACAAUGAAUGUACAUACAUGAUCGUGCUUAUUGUAUAUUUCACAUUUUAUUCGUGAAAGGCAACUGGGAAGUGUUCGAGUACAAAAUACUCACUAAACAACUGAUUGUGGAAAUUAUAGUGAAAACUGAAGCUGAUCACUGACUUGGUGUCAGAAGUAAUGUAGACUUUGUUGUGCUGUAUUGUCGGUGGUAAUGUAUGGCUCUAGUAGAGGAAGGUGUAAGGCAACGAUUACGACAACGCUUUUCACAUCUCCCUGAUCCAGUCUUUGAUGAAUGCCUCAGAACUAAUCCAACCAACCUUAACCUGUGUAUCACUCAGCUGAAAGAGAGAAGCCAGGCCCAGGAACGGAGAGACCCCAUGUGUGCUGUGACAGCCGGAAUGGAUCCGGCGCAACACUACACACAACAAGCACCACCACAGCACCGACAGCACCACCAACCGCACCUACAACCGCAAGAAGAGGCCUCGCAGGACGGCCGAUUGAACAGCGACGGCUGGUUUGAGCUCACCUGGCCUCCAACCAUGAACGCGGGAGGAGACAACGUAGACCCGCCACCCACCAGGACGUCGGAAGCGAACGAACCGACCAGUGGCUGGCAGGGGUAUAGAGAGUUAUACAGUUACCGACCGCCUCUUCAGGUCUCAAAAAUAUCUGUGAACUUACAGGACUCUGGAAAAAGAGCUAUAAGUCCCGGCCCAGUCCAACCUACAACGUCCCCUUCACAUCCUAGCAGAACUUAUGAUGCGGGGAAUGGCAGUAGAACGCCGGGUACCCCAGACAGUAUCGGACUCGAAUCGAGUAUAACCUUGCCGGGUAUAUCGCCCCCUCUUGUAGACAGGACUCCGUCGCCAUCUGUUAACCCGUUCUUCCCGCCCAUCGAUCCUCAUGCUUUACGUGCCUCACAACAAUCAAACGGACGGUCAUCCCCUGCAGCGGGGUAUCAGUAUCCGAGAAGUGCCUCGCCAAGGCACGUCCCGGUCAGCCAGAACACCAGUACUGCGCCUUCCCAUUACAACUCACCGGCAGCACCGAUGCCCGUCGUGGGGCAACCCAACGUGGCGACGUCGCAUCCUGUCGCCCCGCACCAGCGCAAUACCCCAGAGCCCAGACAGGACGUGAGGAGGAAAACCUCGCAGCCGGAACGUUGGGCGGAGGUGUACUCACCCCCCCGCCCCGAAACCGGCGUUGAAGGUGGGGUUGGUGUUCAUGGCGCUGCGAGACACAGGACACAAGUGCAACAGUCGUACCCGACCUCUACCCAGAGACCAGCAACCCUAGGGUCGGAGAGCAUGGAGCACAGACAUAGAAUGGGGAGUCAAGAAGAAAUUAGAUAUAACCAAGCACUGAUCAUGCACCAGAGCGCAAGGAAAGAGAGACUAAGAAAGGACCUCGACGAGGAACAGACGAAGCUAGAGAGAAUGAGAGCAGAGAUCAGGAGUAUGGAGCAGGAUCUCAAUACAAAGCGAUCUCACCGAUCUCACUUCCCAUCGAAUGAAGAACUGAGCAAUUUGAGAGAGGAGAAGAGACAACUACAGAUUGAUAUAGAGUGUAUGAACAAAGAGAUUGAUAUGUUUAAAAAGCAAGGUUUUACCAACCCACACAGCCAGGAGUAUUUCUAUGCUAAUAUUGAACAAGGCCCCACUGGUCCUAUACCCCCAGGCCCACCGAUAGUCCCUGAUCCAGUGUCACCUCCAGUCCUAGACCCGGACGAGGGCCAGCAGUGGUCCUGUACGCACUGUACCUUCCUCAAUCAUCCCUUCCUAGAUAAGUGUGAAUGUUGUGAGAUGCCUCGGGAUAGUGCCUGAACAACGAUCAUCCACCAAAGACAUCAGAUCAAGAGACCCCUAGAACCUCACGGCCAACCAAAGGCAUCUCUUGAAUAGAAUGAUAUAUCGUAAGUUGUUCGGAAAGCCCAUAAAGACAGAGAUUGACAAGGAAUAGGAGCCUGGAACCUGCUUGAAAGUUCGCCCAGCUGUGGUAUCGCGUGAUCGUGAUGAAUGAAAAGGUGUGACAUCUUGCCAGUGGUGUCGUUAUGUGCUGUUUGGGAGAUAGUUGGAAGCUUGAGGUCCGCAAGGAAUCCUGUGAGCUUAGGUGGCGCUGUGAGAUAGCUGAUAUUCUUAGCCAUCAUUUGCUUAUGAAGAAUGAACUGCGGAGGGUGUCAUCGAUGGGAGAUGCAUUUGCUGCUUUAGAAAUGCUACAUGAAUGCUGCUGUCAUCAGUCAUUGAUAAGCUGAAACAACUCUUGAUGUCCUCAAAGGCUCAAACACAGAUUUCAUUUGAAGCUGCAAGCAACGCUCAUGCCAAACAGAAAUUCUCUUUAAGAGUUCAGAUCUUUACUUGAUGAUCCCCAGGCCGUCACUUUUAGUGUUAAAUGUAGAAUGACAAGCGAUUAAUGACAAUUCUUGAUAUCAGAAUAUAAAUAUGAGGCAUGAUGGUUUGUUGGUUGUGUAGUUGGUCUCUAAAUCAGAACGUUCCGGGUUCAAAACCCAAGUUGAUGUGCUAGUGCCUUAUGGAAAGGCAUUUAUGUGUAUUACCUAGCCCCUCGAAGAGGACCCCAAGCAUUUUGUACCCCAGGGCAACCAUUUCAUGAAGAGUGUCGGCACAGGAAAGUUGCCAUUCUCUCACAAUUUUACUCUCGGCGACAUUCUUGGAUUUGAUUGGCUGAGAAGCACUGGUCAUUGUAAUUGUUGACUGUUUCCAUGGUAACUUGUGAAUGACAAGUUUUCAUUGCUGACAUCUUCAAUAAAUGUCCUAGCAUUACAUGAUUUCUUUAGCAUUCAGGUGGGUGUUUCAUAAAGCUGUUGGCAAGUUACGAGCGACUUUACGACUGGUGAUCCUUUCUUAGGCGCUAAUCGAUAACAAUGAAAAUUUGGUGUGUGUCAUUUACCAAAAGAAAGGAUGAUGCGUGGUUCGUAAAGUUGCUUGUAAUAUACAAACAGCUUUAUGAAACACCCACCUGGAGGGUCAGAAUUACAAACGAUUAUUUCUGUAUCGAUGAGUAGCUUUAAGGUGAAAAUUUGGCUUUUGAUUUCUGUAAAAAAGGACAUGUGGUCCACAAUACAUAAUGCAUCCUUCCUUUAAAAUUACCGUGUAGGAUGUCCUCUCUGCUUAGGAAGAAAAUUCAGGGAUAACUAAAAAGCCGACUUAGAUACGCUUCUACCAGUGUCUGCAUUCAAUGUAAUACAACUCAAGUUACAUGCUAACAUUUUUUUUAUCUACUUUUUAAUUUUUUUAUGAAACUACCGUGUGGAUCAAUGAACUUUCAUUUUCAAUUUAGAAUUGUUUCAUGGAAGCCAAAAAUUUCUGUUGUGUCCUUGAAAGGGAGCUCCUCUGCUAAAUGGCGAUCAUUUCUGUUUGUAAGUUUAGUUUGCAUGCCAUGGUGUCCAAAUAUGAUAAAAGACAGUGCAACAAUAUGGUACCUUCUUCUUUAACAGUCAUUAACAAAUGAUAUUACAGUCCUUUUGAAUUCAUAAUGAUAAUAAUAAUAAACAGUUCUUGUAUAGCACAUUUCACAUGAUUAUAAUGUCUCUAUGUGCUUCCAAAGGACUUGGAUAUUAUUACCCGGCUUUUGCUGAGGGCCGUAAUUUAAAGCGCAGAGGCAUUUCAAGGAAGUAAUUCCUACCAGGUACCCAUUUACCUCUCCUGGGUGACAAUAUAAGGUGUCUGUGCAUGACAUUGUGUAAAAAUGGUAAAAACAUUGAAAAUCCAAUACAUAUCACAAAUAUUGUUUGAAUAUACAUGUAAUAAGGCAUCCAGAAUGUGAUUCUAGUUAUAUUUUGAGUCAGUAAAGUUGGGUCAUAUUCCCUGAACAUGUGUGGGAGAGAAUUCCAGAGUGCUGGCACAGCCUUUCUUAAAGCCCGAUCCCCACAUGAUGCAGUCUUGACAGAGAUUUGAGACAAAGAAUUUCUUGAACCGGAACGGGGAUCUCGCUUGGGUGAAUGAAUUGGGACAAGUUCUUGAAGAUAAGCAGGGGCAAUACCAUGUAUGCAUUUUAAUUUUAACCCAUUGUAGAAAAGUGACUAUUAUGGUAACUUUGCCGUCCAGUGGUAACUACCAUGGUAACGAGGAUCAACAGCCAAUCAAAAUCGAGGAUUCCAUGCAAGUCACCUUUGCAUGGCAAUGUUACCAUAAUGGUAACUUUUAUGGAACUGGGCAAAGAAAUAUAUAUUCGAUCCUUGGUUGAAUGCCUAGGGUACAAACGUGCAACUGUCAAAUGCAAUUUUUUCUAAUAUGGAUGUGCUUUUCUGGAAAUAGGAGUCGUACCUUGGAAAGGGUUUCUUGUGGAAAUGGCACUGUUUUCAGAGACUUGUUUCGGAAUGAAUUAGUCUGCGUAUCAAGUGUAACUUCAGAAUUGGCUUCCUAUUGUAAGAGAUGGGCAUUAUUUUAUCACUAAAAUUGAUUUAGUUUAGAACUAGUUGCUAUAUUCCCUUUUGUAGGUGCUUCCUUCUUCUGUAACUCUGUACAGCAUGAAGCAAGAAACUGUUUUUUUCUUCAAUAUUCUGUAUUAUUAAGCAAUAUCUUGAAUUAUCUAGUAAUAAUAAUGAUAAUAAUAUUUACAUUUAUAUAGUUCUCAAUGCAAUGAUUGUAAGCACUGCAUACCAUUACCCUGGCUGUAGCAUGGAUACCCUGAUCAGAUGCUUGGGCAUUCAAGGAAUUCCUUCGAACCGGGUACCAUGUACCAAACCUAGGUGGAGAGUGGCAAAUGUAGAUAAAUGCCUUGACGAAGGACGCAGGUGCUUAGAUGGGUUUUGAACCCCAGACCUUGUGGUUCAAAGUCUGGAGACUUAUCCUAUGAGCCACAACGCUUCAACAAAUGAUAAUUCGCUUUAAUGUUGCGUGCAAUAUAUUGGAAGAACGUCCUAAGCACUUUACAGUUAUAUUACACGUAUAACCCCCGUCAUCGGAUCGUUGUGUUGGUACAGGGAUGCCCUUCGCACCAUUUCGGUGCAGAAACGCCCUCACGCAAUGCCCUUAUGUGCGCUACUAAGGGCGUUUCAUGCGCGUAAGUGUGGUAGUAAGGGCGUUCCUGCACCGACGCGACGAGAUCAAGUCUUGCAUGUGUAUAAUUCGUUCACUUUCUUCACUCCCUGCUUCCUAGCAAGAUUUCCAAACCCGUUUGCUCGGCCUACAUCCUUCUUUAAGCCCCGUGUCUCAUCAUUUAGAUGGUGGUGUUAUGUCAUGGUUUCCUACAGUAUAAUGGUUAUGAAUGAAUUGAAUGAUCAUGGAAAAAAAAAACCAACAUAUACCUUGUCAAUAUACCUGUAAAUUUAUAUAUCAACAUGAUUAGAAUUUAUCAGCAUUCAUUUUACUGAGAGUGCUAAUUAUGGAGAGUGCUAAUUAUGAAGACCUGAAAUAACACAUUACUGGCAGAAUGCCUCAGAAUGUUGAAUGCUAACUUUAAAUACCGGUGGAAAAAUCAAAUGUUUUUUACACUAUAGCCUUAUUAUUAUAUAUCCCUCGUUGAAUUAGUAAAACCUUGAAUAUUUAUGUCAUGAACUUGAAGGAAACUACCCAUUUCUGAAUUUUUUACGAAUUCAGAUUGGAAUAAUGUAAAAUAUGUCCAUGGGACCUUCAAGAUUUAGAAUAGAUGAUAUCAAUAAU